AUGUCUCCCCUCACGCUCAAAACCCUCUCGGCCCUGCGCGUGCUCAUCGGGGCAACGUGCCUCCUCGUCCCGCGCCCCGCCGGCACGCUCUUCGGCAUCCCCCUCGCGCCGGGGCCGGAAGGCGUGCUCCUCGGCCGCAUGGUCGGGGUCAGGGACGUCGUGUUGGGGGCGUACCUCUGGAAGAGGGUAAGGGGGUUGGAACAGGAGCAGCAGCAGCAGCAUGAAGAUGGUGAGGUCGGUUCGAUGGCGAAGAGUGGUGCCCCUGUGGCUGCUGGAGCGGGGGAGGAGCGGCUGACCAGGACGCCAUUGCUGUUCAAUAAUAAGGUUAAUUCGUCUGUGGUGGGGGGUGUGGAUGUCAGUAAGGAUGGGAAUACAUCGCUGUCGUCAGGAGUUGGCACGGGCCUCGAGCAGGGCCAUGGUCACGGCAUUGGCGGUGGUCUAGCUGCCCUUCGACUGGCCGAGAGGGAAUCUGCCCUGCACUCGGCCGUGUGGCUCGGCCUGGUCGUCGACACGAUCGACGUCGCCAGCGUGCUCGUCGGCUCUCUAGGCGGCGGCGAUCCACUCUCCGACCUCGCAAAGGUGACCGUCGGUGGCGGCGGCUUGGUCUUUGCCCUGAUUGCGGGACAGCAUCUGCUGGCGCAUCAACGAGGCUGA